AUGUCGGAGGGUGAAGGAGGUGCGGUGGAGCUGGGGCAGUGUGGGCAGGGUCCGCGCGCCGGCGGGGCUCUCCCCCCGCGACGGGUGGGAUCGGAGCGCUGUGGCCGCGGCAGAGUGAGCACCUCUCCGUCUCUCGCCCUCCUCCCAGGUCUCAGCAACAUCAUUGGGAUCAUCGUCUACAUCUCGGCAAACGCUGGGGACCCAGGGCAAAGCGACUCCAAGAAGAGCUACUCCUACGGCUGGUCCUUCUACUUUGGUGCGCUGUCCUUCAUCAUUGCCGAGAUGGUGGGGGUCAUCGCCGUGCACAUGUAUAUCGAGAAGCACCGUCAGAUCCGCGCCAAGUCCCACGCGGAGCUGCUGAAGAAGUCGGCCUUCACGCGCCUCCCCACCUACAGGUAUCGCUUCCGCCGGCGGUCCAGCUCCCGCUCCACCGAGCCCCGGUCCCGGGACAUGUCGCCCGUGAGCAAAGGGUUCAACACCAUCCCUUCCACCGACAUCUCCAUGUUCACCCUCUCCAGGGAUCCCUCCAAGAUCACCAUGGGCUCGCUGCUCAACUCGGAGCGGGACCACAGUUUUUUACAGGUCCAUAACUCCAUCCCCAAAGAGUUCAAGGAGUCUUUGCACAACAACCCGGCCAACAGACGAACCACGCCGGUCUGAGCCGGGCCUCCCGUGCAGCCCCGCGGCGCCGGGCCGGGCUCCUGUACAGAGGUGUUUUGUCAGGCUGCAUGACAUGAUCCUCGUGACGGUGUAACCAGUGAAACCCCAUUUUUAAGGACAAACCCAGAUGGCUCCCUGAGCCCCUACCCCAGAGCGGCUGGUUUUUCACCCCCGAAACACCGCUCGCCAGGCCAGGCCACUGUGUCCGUGGGUGAACUGUGAUUCCCGCUCUUUCUCCUUCUCCUUCUCCUCCGGUGGGGAAUGCUCGCGGCUGUGCUGGGACUCCCUGGCCGUGGUGCCCCUGAAGACGGACGGGGGGUUUCCAACACCACCUGGGACAGUGGCUUCCCAGAGCCACCAUCAUUAAUGUUGAUAAUACUCGCAGUGUUACCUUAGCUGUAUGUCCCAAUGGAAAUGCUGGCGAUAGCCCUAUCUGUGAGAAUCCUUAAUCCGGUAGUUACAUUUAUGCGAAAUUGCCUAGAAGUCCGGAGUAGGAAGCACUGAAUUGGCUAACGUAAUGAGUGCUCGUGUUACUAAAGCUUUUCCCUUGUUGUAACGGAUGGAGAGCCGGGGCUGGGUUUCUUUCUGGCAUUUCGUGCAUGCAUUAAAUAGCUUGGAAUUCAAUUUUGUCAUGUUGGGUUGGAAGAAACAUCCCUUUGCAAUUUUCUGUGUUUCUGAAAGGGCUCCUUUCUUUCUUUCUUUCCUUCUUUUUUUCUUUCUUUUCGUGCACUCAGACCAUGAAGGACUCAGGAGCAGAAUUCCUGCAAUGGCUGGUAGCGAUUAGCCAGUAUUUAAUUAACCUCUAAUGUUGCAAGAAAAUGAAAUAAUUCCCUAAAAUUAAUACACACACAGUCACAAAUUACUGCCUGGGCACAAUUAAGGAGGCAACGUUCGACCUGGUGUGACUUCAGGAGAAGCUGGGUUUGUGGCUGGGCCUCUGGCUAGAGUCUCUGUGUACAAUGCUAUAACGAAACAUGACUGGGAGAUUAAUGAGAAAAACAACAAUAAAAAAUUCCAAUUUGGCAA